GGAUCUGCUGUGGGUUAGGGGAUGCGCGAGCGGCGGUGGCGGCGGGGUGGCCCGGUUGAUUUCGAGCGGGUCUGCCGGGGGCGGCCGGCGCCAUGCUGAGCCGCAGCUCGUUCACCAGCCUGGUGGUGGGGGUGUUUGCCGUGUACGUAGCGCACACUUGCUGGGUGAUGUACGGCAUCGUCUAUACGCGGCCCUGUCCCGCGGCCGCGGCAGCCGGUAGUGGCGCGGCGGGGUGCGUCUGGCCUUACCUGGCGCGGAGGCCGAAGUUGCAGUUGAGCGUGUAUACUACCACACGAUCAAACAUUGGGGCUGAGAGUAAUAUAGAUCUGGUUUUGAACGUGAAGGAUUUUGAUAUUGAGUCCAAAUUUGAAAGGACAGUGAAUGUCUCUGUACCAAAGAAAACUCGGAAUAAUGGCACAUUAUAUGCCUAUGUAUUUCUUCAUCACGCUGGAAUUUUGCCAUGGCAUGACAGUAAGCAGGUGCAUAUAGUAAGCCCACUGACCACAUACAUGGUCCCUAAACCCGAAGAGAUUAAUUUGCUCACUGGGGAAUCAGCCACACAGCAAAUUGAAGCAGAAAAACAGAUCAGUGCUCUAGAUGGGCCUGUCUCUCACUGGAGGUCAAGAUUAACCUUAAAUGUCAUGGUGGAAGACUUUGUGUUUGAUGGCUCAUCCCUCCCUGCUGACGUUCACCGUUACAUAAAGAUGGUUCAACUGGGGAAGACGGUGCAUUACCUUCCAAUCCUAUUUAUUGACCAGCUAAGCAACAGAGUGAAAGAUUUGAUGGUUAUAAAUCAUUCAACAACAGAACUACCUCUUACAGUGUCCUAUGACAAAAUCUCUCUUGGAAAACUCCGAUUCUGGAUCCACAUGCAGGAUGCUGUGUACUCCCUGCAACAGUUUGGGUUUUCAGAAAAGGAUGCAGAUGAAGUAAAAGGAAUUUUUGUUGAUACCAACCUGUACUUCCUGGCAUUGACAUUCUUUGUAGCAGCAUUCCAUCUUCUCUUUGAUUUUCUUGCAUUCAAAAAUGACAUCAGUUUUUGGAAGAAAAAGAGGAGCAUGGCUGGGAUGUCCACAAAAGCAGUGCUUUGGCGGUGCUUUAGUACUGUGGUAAUCUUCCUUUUCCUUUUGGAUGAACAAACAAGUUUAUUGGUACUGAUCCCAGCAGGCAUUGGUGCAGUGAUUGAGCUCUGGAAAGUGAAGAAAGCUUUGAAAAUGAAACUCAAGUGGCAAGGCUUGAGACCCAAAAUUCAGUACGGUACAUACAAUGACUCUGAAAAGAAAACUGAGGAGUAUGACACCCAGGCUAUGAAAUAUUUGUCAUAUUUGCUCUACCCACUGUGUAUUGGAGGUGCAGGUUACUCCUUGUUGAAUGUCAAAUACAAAAGCUGGUACUCCUGGUUGAUUAACAGUUUUGUCAAUGGAGUGUAUGCAUUUGGAUUCCUGUUCAUGCUGCCCCAGCUGUUUGUAAACUACAAGAUGAAAUCUGUUGCACACUUACCAUGGAAGGCUUUCACAUACAAAGCAUUCAACACCUUUAUUGAUGAUAUAUUUGCUUUUAUCAUCACAAUGCCAACAUCUCACAGGCUGGCGUGCUUUAGAGACGAUGUGGUGUUCCUGGUCUAUCUUUACCAAAGAUGGCUUUAUCCUGUGGAUAAGAGCAGAGUGAAUGAGUAUGGAGAAUCUUAUGAAGAAAAGCCAAAAAAGAAAAGCUCAUAGAGAAUAAGAACUGAAGAAGAUUCUGACCCUUGGACUCUUACUGGCUUGCUGUAUUAUGUGGUCUUAAGGAAGGACAAACUUAUUUAAUAAGAGUAUUUUUAAAGCUUAUGACAGAACUACAUGGACAAUACAUCCUCUAUAUUGCCAAAAUCUAGUUUUGAUAUCCUCCUAUUUCAAGAUCCUCUCCUGUCCACAAAAAGUCCACAAUCUGCCAGAUGUCAUUAAACAAACUUCCUGCAUUUGAACUUCUCUUCCAUGAAAACUUCUGUCCUGACCUUGGUAAUUAAUAUCUAAAUCUGUUUCUAUGACAACUUGCCAGCUGAAAGCGUGAUACCCCUGCCACUAGGCUAUGAAAAGUGAAACAAGAAGCCAGUGUGUGAGAGCAGAAUCAAGCAUUCUUGCCAAACCAGAGGCUGUCAACAACAAAACAUCCAG